CGUGCGAACGCCAUGACCGCGGAGGAACUGGAAGAAACGUUGCGUCAACGACGCGAGGCUUGGUGCCGAUGGGACGCUACCAUGGCAGCAGAAGAAUGGGAAGAGGCGCUGCGACGGACACGCGAGGCUCGGCUUCAGAAGAAGCAUAUUCGACGACCGCUACAAUGCUGCCGGGAGAGAACACGUGUGUGAUGAAUGCGGUGCCGUCUGCCAGCGCGGGGCGUCCUUCCGAGUCCUUGUGUUCUACGACUACGGAUGGCGCAUCGGCGUCUGCUCCUGCUCGGCGACGGGGGCGUCCUCGUAAGACUGAAGCCGAGAAGGCGGAGACGAAGGCUAGGUAUGCAGAGGCCAUGCGGCAGAAGCGGGCCGAAGAUCCGGAGUACCGUGCGAGACUGGCGGAUCCGGAAUAUCGCGCGAGGCAGGCCGAGGCCAAGCGUCGAAAGCGGGCCAGUGAUCCAGAGUACCGUGCGAGAGAGGUAGAAGCUAAGCGGCAGAGGCGGGCCAAGGAUCCGAAGUAUCGUGCGAGAGAUGCGGAGGCCAAGCGGCGGAAGCGGGCCGAAGAUCCGGAGUAUCGUGCGAGAGAGGCAGAGGCGAAGCGGCAGAAACGGCAGAAGCUGGCCGAGCUCGAUCCGGAGUAUCGUGCGAGAGAGGCCGAAGCCAAGCGAGCGAGACGGCGAGCCGAGGCGCAGCAACGAACGCGGGAUAGACUCAGUCAGCAUUCCCAGGCCUUGCAGAGCCAGGUGCCAACUGUUGCAGCUCCAUCUAGCGAUGGUUCCUCUUACACCCUGCCCCAGGUUCAGAAGUGCCAGUGCUGCUGCCAUCCUGUGAUGAGCUCAAAGGCAGUACAGACUGCAUUGCCUCAAUUCACGAUCAGCACGCAGAGAUCAAGCAAUCCAUUGCAAUUUUCCCAGGCCCACUUGUGCCGUUGUUGCUGCCAUUAUUCGAUGAGCUCAACAGCUAUGCAGACAGCGCUGGAUCUCAAGCAGCUUGCCACAAGCAGUUCCCAUUCGCAAACCACCGAGAGCUGCCUGCUGGUUUCUAGAAGGAACGCUGGCGUGCAGGUUCACCUCGAUGCAUACAUCUGCCUCUCAGUGGCAUCACAGACCACGUUCUGUUGAGCAGUCCGGUGCAGAACCUGAGGUGCUGAACUGUGCCUUAUUUCCCCUCCGCUGCCUGUCAAGUUGCGACCCCCUCAGUUCCUCAUUCCAAGCAGAUGGAGCUGGACGAAGAAGAAGUGCCAGCCGCUGAAUGUGACGGGAUCCAGUGGGAAUCCUCUGAUAUAAGAUUUCAUCUAAGCUGGCAAGAUCUAGCUGCGGCAUCGUUCACCUUGGUCCUUGGGAGGGAACCAAAGGCUUGGCCACUAAAGCGAGCAGUGCACUUGAUCCACACAACCCUGAAUGCUGAGAAUUGGCAUUCAUUUGCAUUGAGCGGCUGCAGCAAGCAAGGUCUUAGCAUCAGAAGCCUUGUUGCCCCUGUACAUUGUUACGCCGGGGCUGGAGGUGAAGUGGCUGUUCUAUUCACACUCUCAGACCUGGUGUUCAUCAUCUGAAUGUGACGCGCAGUGUCCACAGUGUUCUACGCCUGCUUCGGUUGAACAUGCAUCUUGUCUGCUUUGAACAUGCCUGUCCUGGGACAAAAUAAGAUCGUUCUUGAAAAAUCACUCUA